AUGACGAACCCAAAUCCGACGCUCUACAUCAAAAACCUUAACGACAGGAUUAACAAAGAUGAGCUCCGAGCGCAGCUCUACGCCCUCUUUCUCCCGCAUGGACCCAUACUCGACGUUGUCGCGCUAAAGACGGCAAAAAUGCGAGGCCAGGCCUUUGUCGUCUUUCAGGACAUGAUCGCUGCUACUGCAGCGUUGCGAGCGUGGCAGGGCGAAAUGUUUUACGACAAACCUAUGCAUAUUGAGUACGCAAAAAGCAAAUCAUGGGCGACACUCAAGGCUGAAGAUCCAAACUUUGUACCCGGUAUUGGACGUACAAACCUGCCAGCACCUCCCAGAGGCGAGAAGAGACCACGGGAAGAUGGAACUGAAGGGGACAGAGCAGCAAAAAAGGUGGCUCCAGAGCCCACAGAAGAGGAAAUGGACCUAGAGGAUGACUCGUAG